CCACAACACCAGAAUGAGACUUCCUUUUCAUCUACCCCGCCUCUUGAAGUGAGGAAUAUUGAGUAAUAUAAUAAGCCGUGUCUGUGUAUAAAUAAGUCUUCCUUAUCUGCAUUUUCUACGGUAACUUCAGAUUCUCUUUCCCUUCCAUAUAUCAGAUAUAAUCAGCUUUCUGCUUUGCAGUACUAAAGUAACGAUCAACAUCCACAAUUGAACCUUGAUUAACAGUACUGUUCAUCAUAAUGUCUUCAUCCUCCUCAGCAAAAUCCCUGCGCCAACUUCUUGGUGCACCCCCCUCAACCGCAUCAGUCCAAGACUCCACCCUGAUUAUCAUCGACGCUCAAGACGAAUACGCAUGUGGCAACCUCCAGAUUGAGGGUGUAUUCGACAGCCGCAAAGUAAUCUCGGACCUUCUGACCAAGUAUCGCACCAACCGUACUCACAGCGGUCGCAACAUUGUCCACAUUGUUCACCAGACCCCACCAGGUGCUCCCGUCUUCACUCCGGGCACGCACCUAGAAAGGGAAUUUGAAGAACUCGCUCCUGUGUCUGGGGAGAAGUUGAUCACAAAGAACUUCCCUAGCUCUUUUGCCCAGACCGAAUUGCAUGAGUACUUGAGCAGUCUUGGAGAUGUUGGAAAAAAGAUUGUACUAGUCGGCUAUAUGGCGCACGUGUGUGUCUCUACGACUGCCAGGGCUGGCAAUGAACUAGGUUAUGAGGUUGUGGUUGUGCGUGAUGCGGUGGGAGAUCGGAACAUCCCUGGUGUAGAGGCUGCAACUUUGAAGGAUGUGGCUUUAAGCGAGCUGGAAGAUGCUUUUGCAACGGUUAUAUCUGCUCACGAUAUCACUGCCUAAAGCUAUAUGUUAGUUCCGUGAACGAUAUAUUCUUUGGGCUUUUUGAGUACGGAAAAUAUCUCCUUUAUAUAUGAUAGAUAUAUACAUGAUAUUAUUAUUUCCUGAAUAGUACGGAUGCCUGAAGAACAGAAUGGACGCAGCAUUUGUCUAUAGAAAC